CCAACACAACCAAUUGGACUAUGAAUAGAUAAGGAAAAACAAGACAAUCAACAAGCAACACAAGUUAAGGUUGGUUUUUGUAGCUCUAGUUGAAGCUUAGAUUUCCCCUUGAGUUAUCUUCACAUAUCCAUUUCUCUCUCCACCCUACCUAUAGCCUAAAAACCAACCAAUAAAAAAACAAAUAAUUCAUAACAAACACACAUUUUUUGAGACUUGUCCUAAACACCCUUUUUAUAUUUUCCUGUAUUAGCAUUAGUUUCCCCAUCUUUGCAUCUCUCUCGAGAGAUUCAGAGUUGAAGAAAAUCUCUCUCCUUCAAUGGCAAGUUGGGUUUUAUCAGAAUGUGGUCUUAGACCACUCCCAAGAAUCUACCCAAAGCCCAGAACUGGGGCCGCCACUUGUGCCUCUCACAUAAAGUUGAGAAUUUCACGUACAGAUCUGAGUGGUUCUUCAAUUUCUUUGUCUAAUACUUAUAAAGAGAGGAAUUGGGCAUUGAGGGUAAGUGCACCACUUAGGAUCCAAACUGUCGGAGAAGAGGAAAGUGAGAGAACAACAGAUAAUGAGUUUUUUGACCCAGGGGCACCCCCACCAUUUAAGUUGUCUGAUAUUAGGGCAGCUAUUCCUAAGCAUUGUUGGGUCAAGAAUCCAUGGAAAUCUAUGAGUUAUGUUGUUAGGGAUGUUGCUAUUGUAUUUGGAUUGGCAGCUGCGGCUGCUUAUUUCAACAAUUGGGUUGUUUGGCCUUUGUAUUGGUUUGCUCAGAGUACUAUGUUUUGGGCUCUCUUUGUUCUUGGUCAUGAUUGUGGACAUGGAAGUUUUUCAAAUAACCACAAGUUGAAUAGUGUUGUUGGACAUAUCCUUCAUUCUUCAAUUCUUGUUCCUUACCAUGGAUGGAGAAUAAGUCAUAGGACACAUCAUCAGAACCAUGGACAUGUUGAGAAUGAUGAGUCAUGGCAUCCUAUACCUGAGAAGAUUUACAAUAGUUUGGAUCUUGCCACAAAGAAAUUAAGGUUCACUCUGCCCUUUCCCUUGUUGGCAUACCCUUUCUAUCUGUGGAGUAGAAGCCCUGGAAAGAAAGGGUCUCACUUUGAUCCAAACAGUGAUUUGUUUGUUCCAAGUGAGAAGAAAGAUGUGAUGACUUCAACUUUGUGUUGGACAGCUGUGGCUGCAUUGCUAGUGGGAUUGUCCUUUGUAAUGGGUCCUUUCCAAGUGCUUAAGCUCUAUGGCAUCCCCUAUUGGGGCUUUGUCAUGUGGCUUGACUUAGUUACCUACUUGCAUCACCAUGGUCAUGAUGAUAAACUUCCUUGGUACAGAGGAGAGGAAUGGAGUUAUCUUAGAGGAGGGCUUACAACGCUUGAUCGCGAUUAUGGAUGGAUUAACAACAUCCACCAUGACAUAGGAACACAUGUGAUACAUCAUCUAUUCCCUCAAAUCCCACACUAUCAUUUGGUGGAAGCAACUGAAGCUGCUAAGCCAGUGUUAGGGAAGUAUUAUAAGGAGCCAAAGAAGUCAGGGCCUCUACCAUUUUACUUGUUGGGAGUUCUCAUAAAGAGUAUGAAGCAGGAUCACUAUGUGAGUGACACUGGUGAUAUAGUAUAUUAUCAAACUGAUCCUCAGCUUUCAGGGUCUCAGAAAUAGAAUCCUAUACUACAAUUUUAAAGCAGGUGAUUAUUUUUCACUAACACUAUGGCCAUUAAAGAAUGGAGAAGGCAUAUAAAGUCUGUAGAAGAGCAGUUUCAAUUGUUGCCAUAUUGUAAUAAUUGAGUGGAGAAAGAAAUUGUCUCCAGGUAGGGUUGGCCAAGAAAGUUUGUUAUUUGUAUUCUUCAUUGUGAAAUGAUUAUAGAAACAUACUCUGUCCCACCAUUUUUUU